AUGUCGUAUUCUGCUUCGGGGGGGCACAAGGGUGUCGUCAAGCUGCUACUUGAGAAGGGCGCUGAUGUCGAGUCGAAGGAUGCAAAGUAUAGACAGACGCCGUUAGCGUACGCUGCUAAGAACGGGCACGAGGCCGUCGUCGAGCUUCUGCUCGCUGCGGGUCAGGUCGAAGUUGAUUCGAAGGAUAAUAGUAGUCGGACGCCGCUAUCGUAUGCUGCUUCGAGGGGACACGAGGCCGUCGUCAAGCUGCUACUCGAGAAGGGGGCUGAUAUCGAGUCGAAGGAUAAACACAGCCAGACGCCACUUUCACAAGCCACUUCGAGCGGGCACAAUGGUAUUAUUCGGAUGCUACUCGAGUAUAAGAGUUGA